GAUUGGCACGGACACUCCUGGGCCCCAGGCUUCCCGGAAGACAGGUUCAAGUACACUUCAGCAGCAGCAGCAACAGCGCCGAACGAAAUCGAAGUUGAGUUGAAAAUGGUCCACGGACACUCGUGGCAACCGGUGCCGGUGUUUUUGGUGCUUCUCGGAUUGAUCGCAACACUAUCCGUCGUCUGCAGCACCGAACACGUUGACAUCUUUGAGCAAUUUGAAAAUGAAAACGCCACAGCCCCACAGGGGAAGAACGAAAGUGACUCGGGUUCGGAGGAGGUGCAAACCAAGCAACCGACCAGUUGCGUCGAGGACGUACUUCCCACCGAUCCGGUCGUGAUGGAUGAAAAGCUGGAAAAGGAACUGGAACCACCGGGCGCUCCGGGUGCUGGGGUACUCCAGGAGCCACCGAAUCUGUCCGAAAUGUUCACCCAACUGUCGAGUGGUUUCCUCAGUCCCAACAUCUUCCGUAUCGGUGAGAAUGUCAAGAAAAUGCUCACGGGCAUCAAGGAGAAGGUGCAAGGCUAUGGGCGCAGUGCGGUGGCCAAGUUUGAACAGCAACGUCACCAAGCGGUACAGCGUGUGAAGCAAAAGAUGGACGAGGUUAAUGCGAAGGUUCGGGAAGAGUUCGAGAAUGAGUUCGUCGAGUACCGGGACGUUUGUCUGCCGGAUGAAAACACCUGCAUGAAGCUACUGCAAGCUCGGAUUGGGCAGUACGAGGAAGAGUUGCGCCAGAACAUGGAACAGUGUAAUGAUCGGUUCGCGGAGGAUCUGGCCAAACAGCGCCAGUCGGUUGAUCAAGCGCAGCGGAUGAUGGAUGGACCGUUCCGGAAGAUUGACGACUGUCUGGACCGGGAUGCUGGGCUGGGGCGUAGUUUUCUCACGUGUGUCGGUGGUGCAAUGGCGAAUCUGGCGAAGGGUGUAACGGCGGCCCAGGACCGGCUUACCCAGCAGAUGCGCAAGGUGUCGGGUCAGUUGACGGAGCGGGUCGACAAGUAUGACAAGUGCGUUGUCAAGCGUCGUCGGUUGUUGGAACAAAGCGAGAAGCAGCUUUCGGAAUCGGCCAAGGGUUGUCUGAAGAAACAACAGACACAACCGGAGGACUUUUUCUAAAGACCAUUUGCUUUUGGGGACAUUUGCGGUACUCAAACUCGAUGGAGAUGUCCUUGGAAUUACGAUAAAACUCGGUUGGCAGAUCAAUUAUUCCUUAACAUAACCCUGACCUGUCCGGAAAGGUUGUUUCUUAUUCGAAUAAGCCUGUCUGUGAAUCGCCAAACAAGGCUUUUCCAAGAAAUCCAAGAUACUGUAUUCGUCGUCUUCCAGAUAAACAAUCCAUGGCGA